GUCUGACCCCGGAUGAGCACGCUGUCUCGCCUAUUAUGUCCACCAACCCACAACCAAAACAGAAAGCCAGAUCUGCUGGACAUGCCUACAGUUAUGGUUCAGACGAUGAGUCUGACCCUCGGAUAACGGUCCAAGUGCGACCCGCCUAUCAGCCCCAACAACAGCAGCGGCAGAUCUUACAGGAUCACGUCUUGUACGACCCACCUUGGGAUCAUAUCAACUUUGACCAGAUGAGAUCUGGGCACAGGACAGGGCACGCCUCUGAGAGCGACGAGGACAAUCGCCAUGCCAUACAGAGAUACAGCCAAGCAGGCACUCUACCAAUGCCGCCACCAACAUUUCCCCCUCCCCCACCCCCUCCCAUUGAGGACAUUCCACAGCGGAGUCCCGCGCCAACCAGGCAACGUUCAUUCGGUCCCUCGGUCAGAGGCAACUACUCGGACAUUGAGUUCCGACGCCAGCAAGCCUUUGCUGAGGGCGAGCAGGAGAUGCCGCUAGAGAAUCCCUACCUGGUGCAGAACGCCCUGGGAGCCGCCUACAGUAUGGGUAAGUGGAUGUCCCACCCACGACCACCCAUGCACCGGUCUGGAUCUGUUCCUUCAGGACACAGCCAUAGCAUGGACGUUAGUGACCACUACAUGAGCAGUGGACAUUCAGACACCUACCCUUACCAUUGUCCAAAUGUUGGGGACGGGCCAGUGAUUGUUCACAGCAGUGACAGGCAACUUGCUGCUUACCCUCCUUUUGGAGGACCCCCAAGCAUUCCUGCCGGCAGUUACCCCCCAUCUCAGGAUUAUCGCUACUACUUCAGUUCUGCAGGAAGUCGCAUGAAGAAAAAGAUUGGUCAGAGAUGCACGUGGCGGUGCACGGCACUUAUACUUUUAGUGAUGUGUGUAGGCCUGUUGGCGUGUACAGUUUAUUUCGCUG